UUAGAGAAUGGCCUCCCUAACAUAAAUCGCUACAUCACAACGCCAAACUCCUUUGGGAAAGCUACUAUUUCCGAGGCGAUUUCCCCGGCAUCCAUCUGUCAAAAGAUUGGAUCGAUUGCAAUCUUCUUUCUGAGAUACACCACUCGCACAUUUCCCGUCUCCCUCUUUUCAUCCAACGACGUAUCGUCUUACAAUAUCGACUUGUCUUCUCCUCCCGAUUCUGACAGAUUGACCGUUCCCAAUGGAACCGUUUUGAGAUACGUUGUUAUGGCACCAAAUACAAUUAGUGCGAUGCACAAGGGGGCAUCAUUGGAUUAUGGGAUUGUAUUGGAGGGUGAAAUAGAAUUAGUUUUGGAUCUAGGCGAGACAAAGUUGAUGAGACGAAGUGAUGCUUGUGUUCAGAGAGGGACUAAUCGUGCUUGGAGGAAUGUGGCACCAAAUGGAGGAUGGGGGAGGAUGGUUGAUGUCUUGGUGGCUGCCCAGGGAGAAGGGUUGGAGGAAGAAUUGAAUGGCAUGCCAGAUGUAAAGGGUGUGUUUGGAUGGAAGGCUAGAUGCAGUCGGCUUAGGUCUCCAAAGCAUUUCAAGAACUGUCAGACGAGGCUGUUAAGGAAAGAUUGA